GUUCAGGGGGUUCGGGGGAUGACAGAAGGACCACCACCUGGGCUCUGUCUAUCUUUGCACGGCCCUGUGGAAAUGAUCGGCGCCGCUCGGAUAUAAUGGAGUUUACAGCCAAUCCCCGCCCUUGUUGUCUGAGCCGGAGCGGAGUGUGAGACUGUGCGUAAAAUCUACCUGUCAGACGCAGCAGCGGUGCCACAGCAGGAGCAGCGGAGCUCCGCGACCCGAAGUCCGUUCCUCCACAGACGCUUUUACUGCCACCACUACACCGGACACAUUAUAUCUUGCUGAUCGGACUCGGGUUUUUUUUUUAUUGUUAUUAUUAUUAUUAUUAUUUGUUUCCCUUUAAAACUGCCGGAGUGAAGUAUUGAGGUGCGUCUGUUUGUCUCCAUCGACUCAGUUGAGGGGAGCGGAGGAACGAUGAUCAGCAAACCUGCGGGAGGAUUUACCACGACAGGUUCCUACAACAAUCAAAUCCUCCCUGGUCUCCGGCCUCUGACCCUGUAGUGGUACCUGCAUCACCAUGGAGAGUCUCAGUGAGCUCCAGAACCCCCUGCUGGACAAAACCAGCAGACACGUGGUCCAGAACGACUACCAGGGAUACCAGUGUGAGUACCGGAACCAGCCGUACCAGGACGGCCUCAUUGGCUACUACUACACCGGGACUAAUGACAAACACAAGACGCAGCAGUUUCUGGACGCCACCUCCCUGCAUCUUGCCGUGGAGGCGUUUUACGGGCCUAACUUUAUUCUGUACAAAGACAACGUGAGUCUUCACAGCAAGGACUCCAAGAGCGAGAGCUUCGAGACCACCUUCACAGAGACCAAGGACGCCGUGUCAGACGGGGUGUUGACAGAAAACAGUGCACAGGCAGAGAAGGAUGCCAAGAUCCAGACGGUGUCGUACGAAGUGGAGGACGAGCAGGGACCUGAGUAUGAGAGUGACAGCUCCAGCGACAGCGAGAGCGAGGACAACUUCAUCGUGCUGCCCCCUCGGGACUACCUCGGCCUAACCAUCUUCUCCAUGCUCUGCUGCUUCUGGCCCUUGGGCAUCGUUGCCUUUUACUACUCUCACAAGACCGGCAAGGCCACAGCUAAAGGAGAUUUCUCCAGGGCAGGAAUAAGCUCCAGAAGAGCCCUGUUCUUGGCUGCUCUUUCCAUAACCAUUGGAACAGGCAUGUAUGUGGGGGUGGUAGUAGCUCUCAUAGCCUACCUGUCCAAAUCUGGACACGUAUAACACUAGAAUCAGCUUGCUUUAGGGGGAGACGGAAGGUGAAACGAGGCGACGGUGGAAGACAGUUGGACAGAUUUCUGCUGAAAGUAUUUGUCUCUGCUGCUACCGGCUGUGCACGGAAAGAGGCAGUGUGCGGUAAGACGCAGUGUGCACCAAGGUCUGGACCAAAUAUUUGUUUGUGGGACGCAACAAUGUUUGUCAACGCCAUUGCAGACAAAGGAGAGUGAAGGAAAAGAACCCUGCUUUUCCACGCACACAAAAAUCUGUGUAUUUACUGUACAUUGUAAAAUGUAAUUGUACUUAUGACGUGUAAUGAAGUACACACAAUACUCGUUCCCACUGUUGGACAUAAACAUACAUGUCAGCUGCAGAAGUGAACAUUUGGAGAAAGGUU